ACAGUUGAGGGGGGGAGGCAGAAGGCAGAGGCAUCAGAGAAGCUCUCUGCUCCACUUACGGUAACCACGCUCUCCCUCCUCACCCUAACCCAUCUUCUCAACCCGCAGAGUUCCCCCUCCCUGGAGCUGAAGAGAAGACCUGCUGCUGGAAAAAGGGUUCAGGUUUGUGCUAAAAGGAGGACCAGAAGUUUUAUAUGGAAAAACAUAAUGACAGAAGUUUUCUGAAGUGAACCAGAUGCCAAGUCAGGGACUUCUCUAAACACCAAAUUCUCCUCUUUUCGAAUGGAUUAAUCUGAGUGCCAUGAAGUGCACGCUUACAUUCAGAGGAAUGUUGAUCUUGAUCUUUGCAACCUAAAAGUGUUCUACAGAAAUGCAAAUGUGAUAAGAAUAAUACAGUCUGGACCUGAAUCAAGUCAGGACACCUCCCCUACUUGCAGGCACAGGGAGUCGUGAUGAUUUUCUGGGUAACAUGCAGGAGUCCAGCCCUCGCCUGUGAUGAUGAUGGACUUACCCAGCCAGCACUUGCCUGUGGAGGUCAGCUGAAGACGACGCCACGCAGCUAAGUCUGGAUUAGCCGGCCGAACGAGUUUCAAUGCUCCUCCACGUUCUAAGAUGAAGUUAUGGAAAGGUGCUACUUUUGCCUUCAUGCUCUGUGGUGCAGCCCUGUCCAUCCUCCUUGUUAGAAACAUGGCCACUAUCGGACAGUUCAAACCUAAAACAAAAUAUCCGUACACUUCUCCAUCCUCAUCAAGACCGUCUUCACCAUUAGAAUCAACACCCAAGACCUCACCGCCAGUACCCUCAUCAUCAUCAUCAUCAUCAUCAUCGGCAGCAGCAGCAGCAUCAGUAGCAGUAGCAGCAGAAUCAACAGUGUUGUCCCGACAGAUGGGUGGUCCACAUCGGAGAACCCGCUCAGCGAACGAGAUGAACUCUCUCCUCUCAGAGUUUUCCAUGAUGUUCCAGAGCUUCACAGAGGGCGAGCUUCAGCAUGUAGUCGGGACCUUGCUCGACAGGAAGAGAAGGAAGAGCCGGCGCCUGGGUGACAACCAGGCCCGAAGGACUAAAAGAGCCAGGAGGCCUAAGCCCUGCUCUGUGAGGGAGCUGGAGCUGACCGUGAGUGAACUGGGUCUCGGCUAUGAGAGCGACGAGACGGUGCUGCUGCGCUACUGCAGCGGCAAAUGCAUAGCCCACCGGCACAACUACGACAUCACCAUGAAGCACAUGAUGCGGACAGGCUUCAGGGAGAAGGGCCGCAGGGACAAAGUUAGCAACGGGCCCUGCUGCCGACCCACAGCUUUCGAAAAGGACUUUUCCUUCCUGGACAACAAGAGCCGCUAUCACACGGUACAAAAUGUGUCGGCGAAGAACUGUGGUUGUGUAUGACCCAGUAAAAUGUACUUCUUCAUGCUGCUCUCAGCCUCUGUUGGUAGAGUUGAACAUGAAUGAUGUUAAAAGACAAACUAUGGAAUAUAAACUCAAGGAAAAGAGGAAAGGAUGGGAAUAUGUUUGAGGCUGCUCCAUGGCAGCCUUUUUGUGACAGGCAGACUUUUUUUUGUGCGUCUGUCAAUACACAUUGGAACCACAUCACAUGACACAUGUUUGUGUGUGGAUUCCAUGUAAAGAUACACAGAAAAUGACUGUUCAUACCAAAAACGUUUUUAUUAACUUUUCUAUCUGUCUAGUAACACUGUAAACUGUGGUACACAACAAUGUAGCAACGUUAUGUUUGUGAUAUUACAUUUGAGUAGUAGUAGAUCAGGUGAUAGAUGAGCUACAUUAUGAGCCAUGAGGGACUAGAUUGUUGCUGUUACUACACAUCAUAUCCAUGGGGGUUCACUUCAGUAAUUCGAAAUCUAGUUUGCAUAAUUAUAAUGGUGACAGUAAAUCACCUUUCAGGCAAAAAAUGCUCAAAAAUCGAUUUCAAAGCCACAAAUAAAAUAAAUAUACAUGUAAUGCACAAAUGUUUACUUCAAGUUCUGCGCAGGGCAGUUUGUACCAUUGACCUAAAAUGAUCAGCUGUCUCCAGAAGGUAUUUUGACUUAAAGGUGUGUUGAAUUGUUAUCAGGGGCCAUGACGUUGGGACCUGUUUCCCUGCUUGUAUGCAUUGCUGUUGAUUGCAGUGUUAUUACACGGUAAAGAGCAAGUGUUAUUGAUAAGAAUUUGACAAUGAAAGAAAAUCCUCUUCUAUAGCUCCAGGUUUGAUACCCACCUUUAAUUAUUGUGUAUAUCAAUGUUGUGUAGAUUAGCAAUAAGGGCCUGUUUCAAAACACAUAAAUACUCACUUUAAUAAUAGAACAUGAAAAUGUAUCCCAUCUGCUCUCCAUGAAAUAACUCAUCACACUCAAAAAAAAUCUUUCUUUUUAUACUUUUCCCAAGUAACCCAUUAUUGUAAUUACCCAUAAUCCUUUGGAAUUAUGUUCCUCAAAGAUUGCCAAAACACUCCAAGACAAUUCAACACGCAUGACAAAUUAAAAACUUAGAUUCCUAAAUAUUUUACGUCUCAAGUUCCAGGUGAUUACCUCUUUAAUAUCGUCUCUGGAUGUAAUUUAAGAAAGUUUACAUUUUUAGCUAAUCUGAGGCUCAAGUGUGAAAAAGAAGAAUGGUUUUAGUGAUCAGUAGUGGCAUGUUUUUUUCUUGCUGACAGAAAACUAUGACGUAGAGUCAGGAUCUGGAAAUGUGUUUGCGCCCAUCCAUAAUACCUUAUAACUUACUAUGAUCCAGAGCCCACAGUAUAGCCUUCUGUUGGCCCAUCAAAUUCCUCCUUGUUGUAUUGCCUGGUAGAGUUUAAGGAGAAAGUAAGCUGUUGAAAUGAAUUAUGAAGAAACUUUUUAACCUUCAACAAUCUUUAUUUGGUUUGAACCCAUUGCAACAGUUUGAAGUACAAUAAAUUAUGUUUUUUUUUCCUUAGGAGGUGCAGUGUGGGGCGUGGAUGCAGUGCAUCUUUAUUGUAGUUUAUAUUGUAUUUAUUUGGGGAGUAAAUUAUGGUUUUGCAUAUUUAUUUAGAUUACCACACAGAAGCGGGACAGCUUAUUAUCAUUAAGCAACUGUGCCAAAAAAUGUUUUAUCUAACAUUCUAUAUUGACUGCUGAAUAAACAUAAUUUCAGAGGUA